CACAGCUCUGAUUGCAAAAAGGAGGAAAGCUAUAUUAUCUCAGUUCAAGGACCUGUAAUAAUAACUUGAGGUAGGUGUUGAGUGUUUCAACCCCUCUUUGCAUUAAUUUGUAACACCCUACCCUCCCUUCUGUUUAUUAACAGGGUGUCGGGUUGCAUAAUUUAUGACAAUGUCCUCAUACAUACGUUUCAGUAACAUCAGCCUUUUCCAUCCAGCCUGCUUCUACCCCUGAGCACAGUUCAUGGAAACAAAAAAAACACUGCUUAACUGAGGAUAGAUAAAAUCCUCUUGGCCCGUAGUUUGUACCCAAUUUAUCCUUUGUCCUCUUCAGGUCCUUUAACCUCUGGUUUGACUAGCACUACUAUCAACCCACUACCUACUUUCUCUGUCCCCAAAGAACCCAACACCAUCCCCAAACAUCCCCCAUCCUCCCCCAGAUGAUGCUGAAUUAUGAACGUGCCACAUCAUGAGUCUCCUGGGGCGGGUAGCUGUGCAUCGUGCCAGGAAAGCCGCCCUGCUCUGUGUAGUCUUCCUGAUGGUGCGAGUGUGGAGCAGCGCCUCCUUGGCCUUGGCGGGGGCGGCAAUGUCUCAAGGACCCCAGGGCUGUCCACCACAGUGCUCUUGCAGUAAUCAGCAGGGGAAGGUGGUGUGCACCCGGCGUGGCCUCACCCGUGUGCCCCCUGGCAUUCCUGCCAAUACGCGACACCUCAAUCUAAUGGAAAACGCCAUUGAGGCAGUGCAGGCUGACUCAUUCCGCCACCUGCACCACCUUGAGGUGCUCCAGCUCGGGCGAAAUGCCAUACGACAGAUUGAGGUGGGCGCAUUUAAUGGACUCACCAGUCUCAACACACUGGAGCUAUUUGACAACAGGCUGACAGUUGUGCCCAGCGGGGCAUUUGAGUACCUGUCUAAACUAAGAGAACUAUGGCUGAGGAACAACCCCAUUGAGAGCAUUCCUUCCUACGCCUUCAACCGAGUGCCCUCCCUCAUGCGACUGGACCUUGGAGAGUUAAAGAAACUGGAGUACAUCUCAGAAGGAGCUUUUGAGGGCCUACAAAACCUCAAGUACCUCAACCUUGGCAUGUGCAACAUAAGGGGUGACUUGCCAAAUCUGAGUCCACUCAAGGGUCUGGAGGAUCUGGAGAUCUCAGAAAAUCACUUUCCAGUCAUAAAACCAGGCUCCUUUAAAGGAAUGCGCUCACUUAAGAAACUAUGGAUAAUGAACUCGCAGAUCACAGUGAUAGAACGCGAUGCCUUUGAUGAACUAUCGUCAUUAGUGGAACUUAAUCUCGCCCAUAACAAUCUGAGCGCUGUGCCACACAAUUUGUUCUCUCCGCUCAGGUACCUGGUGGAGCUCCAUCUCCACCAUAAUCCUUGGAACUGUGGCUGUGAGGCUGUAUGGUUAGCAAGUUGGCUAAGGGACUACAUCCCCACUAAUUCAACAUGCUGUGGACGCUGCCAUUCACCUGCCAGUAUGAGAGGUCGACAGCUGGUUGAGGUGGAACGAGGUGAGGGAGCUGCAGUCCAAUGUUCUGCCCCCUUCAUUGCUGAUGCUCCAAGAGACUUCAACAUUUCAGCUGAGCGAGUGGCCGAGCUUCGUUGUCAUACAGCUCCAAUGUCUUCAGUGCGCUGGCUCCUACCCAAUGGAACUAUCCUGACACAUGCCUCCAGUCACCCAAGAAUAUCGGUCCUUAAUGAUGGUACUCUUAAUUUCUCCAAUGUCCUUGCAGCUGAUACAGGCACUUACACAUGCAUGGUGUCUAAUGCUGCUGGGAACUCCAACGCCUCAGCCUACCUCAAUGUGAGUGCAGCUGAACUCAAUACAUCAAAUUUGAGCUACUUCACCACAGUGACAGUGGAGGUUUUGGGGCCAACUACAGAGAUGCCCAAACUGAAAACAACCACAACUACAGCUGCUGCUGGGACUGGGCUCGCAGGAGGAGGGCUUGGCCUUGGGACAACUACCACCACUGCAUCUCCCUCAGUCUUUCAGCCAGUCUUCAUCUCGACACCAACAGUCUUGCUGCAAAGUACAGAUAGCCCACCGGGUGUAUCCAGACCAUCUAUGGUACCAGGAGUCCAAGGUGCCACUGGUAAACCAGGUAAAUCUGGCCCUAGCCUGGAUGAAGUGAUGAAGACCACCAAGAUCAUAAUUGGCUGCUUUGUGGCAGUGACACUGUUGGCUGCUAUCAUGCUUAUUGCCUUCUACAAAUUGAGAAAGCGCCACCAGCAAAGAAGUACAGUGGCAGCUGCCCGCACUGUGGAGAUCAUCCAGGUGGAUGAGGAGGACCUUCCGCCCCCAGCAUCUGCAGCUCAACAGACGGCUCUCACAUUGCCUGAAAUCCGGGAACAUAACAGUAUUCACAAGCUAGACUUUAUCAGCCAUAAGACUGACUACAGCUUUCACAAACCCAAGGCAGAAUACAAACCCCAGCCUGAUUUCACGCUUCAUAAACCGAAGGCCGAGUACACCACAUAUAAGCCAAAUAUGGACUUCAGUGGCCACAAAUCCAUUCCAGAUUACAUCAGUCACAAGUCCACACCAGAUUUUAGCCUUCACAGACCAAAGCCCGACUACAGCCCAUUUAGACAGAACUAUACAAUACACAAAUCUAAAGGAGAAUACAGCCCAUACAAAUCAGACUUCGGUACUCACCCAAAAACUAAAACAGAAUACAGUCCUUUCAAAACAGAUUACAGCACACAUCCCAGACAGAAGAGUGACUUUAGCCCAUUCAAACGAGACUACAGCACCCAACCAAAGUCUAAACAUGACUACAGCCCAUUAAAAUCAGACUAUAAUACACAGCAUAAAACUAAACCUGAAUAUAGUCCCUUCAAGACCAACUUUAGCACUCAGCCAAGACCUAAAGCUGACUACAGUCCAUUUAAGCAUGACUACAGCACUCAGCCCAAACUCAAAACAGACUUCAGUGCCGACAGAUCUAAGACCCCCAAGGACCCUUAUGCCCCAGAUUACAGCGCCUUCAAGACUGACUUCAGCAGCCCCCAAAAAGUGGACUACAGUCCCCAUAAGGCAGACUACAGCACUAUGAAACCCAAAUACAACACCUAUAAACCCAGUGGUCAUGGGGCUAAGUGGACAGACAACAAUGUUGGGAACUCUUUGCCUCGAACCAUGCCCAGCACCAUCACAGCAAUGGCUGAACCCUAUGUCAUAAAAACUCACACCAAGGAGAAGGUACAGGAGACUCAGAUUUAAAAGGAGACCCCCCCCCCCCCCCAAAAAGGCCAUCCUUCCCCAACAUCCCUCUCACUUGACCCAUUAUCUCUACGAACCCUUUCUUCAUAAAAUCAUGCAAUAGAAUGCACAAUGAAAAAAGGAGAGGAUCUACUUUUUUGUAUAGACUGCAAACUUAAAAAGGGGACUGAUUAUUUCUUGUUGUACAUGCUUAUAAAUAAAUAUAUAUAUAUAUGGACAAAUGAAAACUACCAUGGGCUGGUGAUAGAGAAACAUAUUAAAAAAAAAGAGAGAAAGAAAUUCAGACUAUUUUCUAACUUGUAACUUCUAUUUAAAACAAUGAGUUGUUUAAGAUGCUGUGUUGGCUUUGACAAAGAAGAGAAGUGUUUAAAAAAAAAAAAAACAGGGGGCAUUCUGUGUGAUUUUUACACCAUGCGACAGAGAAUGCAGUGACAGGAAAAAAAAAAUAUUUAUACAGAGAAGACUUUCUUUAACAUAAACUGGGGGGAAAACAAAAAAAAAAAGAACAAAAAAAAAAGGUCAGUGUUGAUCUUUACAGGUUUAUCUUGUAAAAGCACCAAGAAUUUGUACUGUGCCAAAUGUUACAAAUGCAAUAAAAAGGAUUUUUGGAAGAAAAAAAAA